AUUACUCCUCUUCACAAUGCAAAGAAAUUCCCACACCAAAUCGCUCAACUCAGCGAUGGGCGUGCAUGGUGAAGGAGACGACGAGACACAUGCGCCGUCGUCGUGCACGCGCACCACCGCCGCACCGCACACCCCACCUGUUUCUGGAAAUCGCAGGAGGCGAAAAUGAAAAUGGGGACGAUUCGGUUAGGGAGCCGCGGCGUAAACCCAAACGGAGUUGGCAGCAAAGGCCCCGCUACUCUCCUCUCCGCUCCAGCGCAGCGCAGCCAUUUCGUUCCAGUUCACGCCGCCGCCGCGCCGAUCCGCCCAUUCCGCCGCGGCGUCGGCUCCCCUUGACGCCGCGCGCCCGCGGCCAUGGAGCGCGCCGGCGGUGAGGCGGGCGACCCCACGCCGCCGGUGCCGCCGCCGGCGGCAGCGGGAACAGGAGGGGCGGCGAAGGGGAGGUCGUGCAAGGGCUGCCUCUUCUACUCGUCGGUGCUCCGGUCGCGAGCGCGCGGGCCCGUCUGCGUCGGCAUCACCCGCGCCCUUCCCCAAGUUUCUGAGCGUAUGAUUGGAGAAAUUGAACUGGAAGCUAUCCAAGAAGGUCGCAACCUUUCGGAUUUCAAAUAUGCAUGUGUUGGCUAUUCAAUAUACCUAGAUGACAAGGAAACUUCUAUGGGGGUACAUGACAAGAAAGCACAUGCACAGCUACCUGUUUGUGUUGGAGUUGAGCUAUUGGCAGAUAGAAGAGCCCCAGUUAAUAAAGCCCCAUCUUACAAUAAGAAAGAAGGGAAUUUGGAAUGGUCACUGAAAGAAGUUCGCACUUGCCGGCCUGUGCACACACUCAAGAUCCAUUUUCGACAAACUCCGCAACCGGAACCACAACCACAUCGAUACAAGCCAGGGCAUGCAGGAGACGACUUCUUAACUAAGUUUCAGAGGAAUGCCGGGCUUGUUGCCAAUGGUGUGGCAAAGAACCUGAAUAAAGUUGGGACCUACAUCAAAGACACUAUGGGUGAUAUGAUGUACCCAGACCGGAAGCGUCCCAAAUAAAAAUAAAACAUAGGCCUGCUCUCUAUAGAUCCUGCAGGGGAUUAGACACUAGAAGCUGGGGGAGCGUGCGAUCAAUCACUCCUCCAGACACCUGGAAUAGAAGUAGCAUUCUGUAGUUCUGUUGGUUUCUAGAAAAAUCGUGACGAGAUUUCAGUGUUAAAAAGAAAACCCACUUGGACACUGAUAGUAGGGGCAUGGUAUUGUGUUCUCCACUUGGCCCCACUGCUCGCCCCAUUGAUUGUUGUUUCCGUAGGUUCCUCCAGUAGUGUACAGGAUGUCAUGUAAUAAGACAAACAAAACCCAUUUUGUGUCUUCUGAUAAUAACAUCAGAGCGGCAUCGCAAGCCUCAAUGCUGUUUCUUCA